AUAAAAAGGAAGCAAGAAUCACACUCUUUGAAUAAAAUCUUAAAAUAGUUGGUAUCCCUAAAACUAUAAAUACACCACCAUAUCUACUUUUAGCUUUAAACUCCAACCCCCUUCCCCAACUCUUAACCACUCUUGAGUCUAACCUUUAACCUUUUUCUCUUUAUUACUUUUUAAACACAAUAAAACUUCCUCACUUCUCAUUUAACUGUGAUCCUUCUCAAUUACCAACAAUGUUGAUCAUCAAUCGUAGCUUCUUUUUUCUCCACACAUUCCUCUUCUUGUUAGGCUUUUCAACAAACACAGCAUCAGCAACCGUGUUUAAUCUCCUCAACAACUGCCCAUACACAGUCUGGCCCGCUUCACUAACAGGAAACGGCCCACCCCUCCUCACACAAUCAAACCACACUCUACCACAUGGCUCAUCACUCACCCUCAACCCCCCAGCAGGCUGGUCAGGCCGAUUCUGGGCCCGAACAGCCUGCAACUUCAACCCCAAAGGCACAGGCACCUGCUCAACAGGCGACUGUGGGGGACUCACUUGCACGGGUGGGGGAAUCCCACCCGUGUCCCUUGUAGAAUUUACCUUAAACGGAGCCAAUGGUAUGGACUUCUACGACGUAAGCCUUGUUGACGGAUACAAUGUAGGCAUAGGAGUAAAGCCGAUAAAUGGUGGAAUCGGGAAUUGUGAGUAUGCUGGGUGUGUUGAGGACCUGAACGGGUCAUGUCCACCCGAGCUACGAGUGGUGGACCCGAACCGUUCAGGUGCGGUAAUUGCGUGUAAAAGUGCGUGUACUGCGUUUAAUAAACCGGAGUAUUGUUGUACGGAGAAUUAUGGGACCCCACAAACGUGUACGCCUACGAAGUAUUCGAAGUUGUUCAAGAAUGCGUGUCCAACUGCUUACAGUUAUGCUUAUGAUGAUGCUACCAGUACAUGUACUUGUACUGGGUCGGAUUAUUUGAUCACUUUCUGCCCUUCUACUCUGUGAUUUGUCAAAAAAAAAAUAAAUAAAUAUAUGUUGUAUUUUUUUUAGUGUAAUUUAUUUUAUCUAUGGCGUAGGUAGUGGCAUCACACAACAUGUAUCAGUUAAGGAAAUUCUUGUUUUUUUAGUUGUAUGUUUUAGAACAUUGUAGUUGGUUCAUGGCAAUUGUGAGUAAUUAUGUUUGAUUAGAAUAUUAGAAUAAAAAUUCAUAUAUAAAACGAUCUUAUGGUGAGAUUAUUUUAAUUGGAC